CAAUACUCGACGGUCGUCUAUUUACUGGGGGCUUUCAGUCCUGCAUUGGAUCAGGCAUCGAUGCUUGCAGGAUCGGAGAUUUUGAUAUUUGUGAUUUAAGGGUUGGUCGUGGUACUGGUGGGCUGAUCCUUGUCCUUUCCCGAAAGGACACCGUCGUCAUAUACAAUUGCGCGGAGUAUAUUAUCCCAUCGACGAACCACGCGUUGUUUAAUUUUGCGCACUGUUUUUGGCCUUUGGCUGAUCUCAUUGACUUUUUAUCACGGGGGACCCCCUUCUAUUCAUGUUUCUUUGAUCGAACUCUUGGACAUCUUCAAAGAUGACUACCGCCCAGAUGCCGCUGGAGUCAGCGAACAGCCCGCAGAGCCUUGUCCUGCAUGUGCUGUGUCCGUCCAUACCACAGCCCAAUCGAUUCACUCUCAGAGACCUUCCUUUGUCCACCACUGUUGGAAAUCUCAAAGCACGUCUUUCCCAAUCUAUCCCGACUCGACCUCCUCCGGAAAGCCAGAGGUUAUUCUAUCUGGGGAAGCCGCUUGUGAAUGAUGACUUGACGUUGCAGGCGGUCUUGGACUUGGCGAAUGGCUUGGAAUUCUCUAUGCAUCUUGUAUUACCGCCAGCCCCUCCAUCUCUAGCUCCUACCUCGACAAAGCCUUCUACCGAAUGUGCUCCCUUGCCACAGAAUCCUCUGUACACUAGCCAUUUUGCGGCGAACUCCGUGGUCCAGGGCCAGCAAUUGAGAUACCGGGGUCCUGCGCCCUUGAGUGAAGCAGAUAUUGGGAUGGCUCUGCGCCGAAAUGUCGAUACCCUCCGCCGCCAACUUGACAUGCAAGAACAGAACGGAUCCUCAGCUCAACCCUCCUCACACGAUGCGACAACGGGAAUCCCUUCGAAUGUACAGACCAAUAAUCCCGUGUCACCGCUAUCCCAAACCUCAUGGCAGCGAAUGGCAUCCAGCCUCCCUCCCUCGUCGCCUUUUAUGCUAGGCUCAUCAGCGCCAAUGACAUCGACUACAGCACCUUUUGCAAUGUCGUCAAGUUUGGGGUCUAGCAUCCGAAAUCCCAACGCGGGGUCUUUACCUGCUGAAGAAGUUCGGGCGCGACUGCAACUGCUGCGCCAGCAUAUCACCUCAGCAGAAGAACAGCUGAGCCGUGGAAUCGCCCCUCCCAUGGAUCAUAUCAUUCUACUACGAACACAACUAUUUAGUCUGCUUGACGAUCAGUAUCGAAAACCGUUGGCUGAGCGCGACGGAUCAAUAGAAACAUUGCUCACCCGGGUAUUCAACCUCUACACUCGCUCCGAUCAACUUCGAGCCACCCACUCUAGGUUCCCCACAUUGCAGGCUGGCUCCGCUGGGCCUCAGAACCAGGCGCAGGGGGCAGCUUCUUUGUAUUUGCUCUCCUCUCCAAGCGGGUACCAGGCUCUAGUGACAUCUUCAAAUGUAGCGGAUGCCAUGCGCGGCGCACUCGGUACUGGGCAAAUCCCUGGAACGGUCUUCCCCAAUAGCGGUGUUCAACAACCCAAUGGACAGCCCAAUGGCGAGGCAGCCGUAUUGGAAAAUGUGGUUCGCCAAGCCGUACUCAACCAGCAGCCUGAGGAGGAUGGUCAGCUGGGAUUAGCACGGAAUAUCAGACGGCUAUGGCUCUUUGUACGGUUGUAUUUCUUCUGCUACAUGUUCAGUGAACCGGGAACCUGGACGCGAAUUGUCUAUGUGGGGUUGGCCUUACUGGCCGCUGUGCUUUCGGAGACUAGCAUUCCGCGACAGCUAUACGAGAUGAUUCUAGCCCCAGUGCAGCGACAUCUUGAAGGCUUGGUGCAUUUCAACCCUGAACAUCUUGGCCCUCCUCGCCCGCAGGGUACAGAAGCUGCCGGCAGCGAAGGCACUCCCAACCAGCCAGCUGGACUGCGAGAUGGCCGCGGAGCGAAUGUUGGCGGGGUUCGCCAUAACCUAAGAAGAGUCGAGCGGUCUGUGGCUCUUUUCAUUGCCAGUUUGGUGCCUGGUGUUGGCGAGAGGCAUAUUGAAGUGCGCAAUGCAGCGGAGGCGGCACGGAAUGCGGAGCGGGCUCGAGAGGAGGAAGAACGACGUCGACAGCAGGAAGCAGUAGCUACGGAGGAGCAUACACGGCAGGAAGACAAUGCUACUACUAAUCGUCCAGAGGCGAAUGAGCAAAACAACACAGAGCAUGAACCCCAUACCACGAUACCCCAGGUGGAUAACAAUUGAAGUCCUCCUCCUUUAUGUUCGAUGUGGAUCCGCUCUUCGCUUGCCUUUCUUCUCUGUAUCCCUGGGGCGUAAGAAUUUAGCGCUGGUAAUGAGUACCUGGUUUAACAACUACAUAAAUGUAAAUAGCAUAUGGCAUUAUUAACAAAACCAGUCUUAUCACAAGGUAUAUAUAUAUAUAUAUAUAUAUAUCUAUAACCUGUAUAUGUAGAAUGCAUACUCACU